GCGCUGUCAGACGAGAUGGCCCAAGCACUGCUGCUGGUGUCGGACACCCCGUUGGCGCUGGAGGAGAGGCAGAGCCACGCGGUGUCGUGGAGACGAAUGUGGCAGCAGCUGAUGUUGGCUUCGUUGGCGGCCACCGCUGGACCAUGUCCUGGGAGAUGGCGAACGCGCCGGCCGGGUCGCCUCGCGGAUCACGCGCAUCACGCGGAUCACGCGGAUCGCGCGAAUCGCAGGAGAUGGCGAACGCGCCGGCCGGGUCGCCUCGCGGAUCACGCGCAUCACGCGGAUCACGCGGAUCGCGCGAAUCGCAGGCAUCCAAAACCGCGGAGGAUGUCAAGGAUGCAGCUGGCAGCGUCGGAGAGGACGCGCAAGUGA